AGCUGGCAGUCGAGCGCAGUCCGUCGACGCGCCACCCGCCAUCUUGGAGGAAAUUAAAAUCUAGUCAACACAUUUACUUUUAACUGAUAUGAGGUACUCAUUUAUCUUGGUGUUGUUGUGCCUGUCUUGGGCGAGGGGUCAGAACAUCACCGAUGAAGAGAGGAAGCGUUUUGAGGUCCUCUUCGGGACCGAUGCCACCGAUGAUCGUGAUGCCGACGUUGACCUUUCGCCUGGUAAAGUGCCUUCCACACCGUCCAGGGGACCAGAAAUCAGUCCAGCAGAGAGGGAGCGCCUGGAAGCCUUAUAUGGCAAGCCGGACACUACCAAUGACAACAGCACGGAUUGCGAGACGAAGGAUGGCAAGGCGGGCGUCUGCGUACUGCACUACCAAUGCAAUCCGGAGACCGGCACCGUCAACACCGAUGGAAACUCUAUCAUUGACAUAAGACAACGGGAGUGCCCCCACUACCUGGAGGUGUGCUGUCUCCUGAACCAGAAGCAGGACAAGCCCCCUCCCCCAGUGGUGGAGCAGAUGGAGUGUGGCUGGAGCAACCCUGGGGCGCAGGCCUUCCGCAUCGUCAACGACGGGACCUCGGCCGAGUUCGGAGAGUACCCGUGGAUGGUCGCCAUACUCAAAGAAGCACCCCACUGCCUGGAGGUGUGCUGUCUCCUGAACCAGAAGCAGGACAAGCCCCCUCCCCCAGUGGUGGAGCAGACGGAGUGUGGCUGGAGCAACCCUGGGGCGCAGGCCUUCCGCAUCGUCAACGACGGGACCUCGGCCGAGUUCGGGGAGUACCCGUGGAUGGUCGCCAUACUCAAGCGAUCUGACAGCAACACGGCGUGGUCCCAGAGCGACUACAUGGGGGGCGGCUCCAUCAUCCACCCGCAGGUGGUGCUCACAGGGGCUCACAAAGUUGACGGGAAGGAGGCCAAUGAGAUAAAAUGCCGCGCCGGGGAAUGGGACACGCAGACGAACAAAGAGAUCUACCCGCACCAGGAGCGCAACGUCAAGAAGAUCGUGAAACAUGCCGAAUACUACCGACCGUCAGUAUACAACAGCGUCGCCCUCCUGAUCCUGGAGUCGCCGUACGCGCUGGGCAACGCGCCGCACAUCGGCGUGGCCUGCCUCGCCCCGCACGCUCCCCCCGCCGGCGCGCGCUGCCAGAGCAUGGGCUGGGGCAAGGAGUUUAACGACAAGGAAAAAUAUGCUGUGGUGCUCAAGAAGGUGGAACUCCCCUGGGUCCCUCGCGACAAAUGCCAGAAGGAGCUGAGAAAGACUCGCCUCGGCUCGCACUUCGUGCUGCACCCCUCGCUGACGUGCGCGGGGGGCGAGGCCGGCAAGGACACCUGCGGGGGCGACGGGGGGUCCUCCCUCGUGUGUCCUAUAGGGAACGUGGAUCCUAAGCAGGACUCCCUCCGUUUCGCGAUCUACGGCAUGGUGGCGUGGGGCAUCGGCUGUGGCGACGCCGUGCCUGGAGUCUACGUCAAUGUGCCCCAGUUCUACGACUGGAUUGGGGAGAAAAUGGCCGCCGAGGGCUUAUCUACCGACUCUUACACAUUCAAGUUAUAGACUACAUCGGCUGUAGAGACUUGCCCGGCGUAAGGUGGUGGUAGUGGUGCUCGACGCGGUCCCAGUACGUGUCAUCUUGAAACUUAAGUCAUUGUCAAUAGAGGUGACAGCAGGGCAUCUAUUGGGCAUUAGCAUGUCGAGCACUAGUACCACCACCUUAUACAGUCA